GUUAGUUCUGUAACUGAAGACGUUCUGCAAACACAGGCCAGAUCUGAAUCUGAAGGUUACAUGAUCAGAACAGAAGUUGUGGAUCUUGGAAGCCAUUCGGGUGAGAAGUGAGGGGUCUCUCGGCUCGAGACGAUGCCUCGCUCAGAGAUAAAAUGAAGACGUUGACUCGUGCAAUGAAAUUUUGUUUCGUACAGAAUUUUGACAAACUGAACAUCCGGACGGCUCACUACACGCCUCUACCACAUGGCAGCAACCCUCUGAAGAGGAGCAUCCAGGACUAUGUCAGGUCGGGUUUCAUCAACCUGGACAAACCGGCGAACCCGUCGUCUCAUGAGGUGGUGGCGUGGAUCAGGAGGAUCCUGCGGGUGGAGAAGACGGGUCACAGCGGGACGCUCGACCCAAAGGUGACCGGCUGUCUUAUCGUCUGCGUGGAUCGAGCCACGCGACUGGUCAAGUCCCAGCAGAGCGCCGGUAAAGAGUAUGUGGGGAUCGUUCGGCUGCACAGUGCGAUAGACAGCGAGCACACGCUGGCCCGGGCACUGGAGACGUUGACUGGUGCUCUGUUCCAGCGACCGCCGCUGAUCGCCGCCGUGAAACGUCAGCUGAGAGUUCGAACAAUCUAUGAAAGCAAACUGAUCGAAUACGACCCAGAGAGGAGACUCGGUAAGAUCAGUAAUAAAUACACACCUGCCUAUUAUCAAUACACAUCUGUCUAUGAUCAGUACACACCUGCUGAUGAUCAAUACACACCUGCUCGAUCUCUGACUACCUGAGACUGGAUCUGUGACUUCCUCUUCAUUCUUCCUCACGUAAGAAUGAACAAAUGUUACAGUUUGUCAUAAAUAUGGACAGCAGCU